CCCUUCCGUUGCAGCCACGCCUCUCUGUUUUGAUAAGCGCUUUUUCCCCCCUAAACCCCGAACCUCCACACUGUGGUAGGAGUAUAAUUUCCUUUUUCAUUCAUAAAAAAAAUUAAGUUUAGGUUUUACAAAAAUGGGUAGUAGUUCUGCAAAAAAAUCUAAAAAUAUGCAAAAAAGUGACAGUGAUUUAGAUGAAUACGAUGAUGAUGAUGAUAUGUCCUAUGACGAGGUUAAUGAUGAUAGCGAGUUGGAGGAGGAGAAGGAGGAAGAUGGAGAGGAUGAGGGAGAAGAAGAUGAUGGACAAGAGGAAAAUGGAUGGAGAGAUGAUGAAAUGGAACAACUUGAGAAAGAGUAUAAGGAUCUUCAUCAUCAGGAACAGGAGCUAAACACUUUGAAGAACUUGAAACAUCACAAAGAUGAAGAUCUCCUGAAAGGACAAGCUGUGAAAAGCCAGAAGGCCCUCUGGUACAAAAUUCUUGAGCUUAGAUUCUUACUUCAGAAGCCAUUCUCAAAUUCAAAUAGGCUACCCCAGGAAUCAAUAAAAGAAUCAUUUUGUGAAUCAGACGAGACAGUUAGAGGCGCAUAUGAAGAUUUGAUAACUUCUUCCAAGGAGACUUUGGAUUCUAUAUUGGAACUUCAAGAGGCUCUGAUUGCAAAGAAUCCAUCAGUUGCUCAAGCCAGUAAUGGUUCAGAAAGGUCAUCAAAAGAUUUAGAAAUUUCUAACAUUUUGGAUGACAAUCCUGAUCAAGAGUGGUCACAGAUUUCUCGGAUGCACAACAGUAUGGCAACUUUCAGAGACAAGUCAAUCAACAAAUGGCAGAGGAUGACACAAGUGACAACCGGUGCGGCUGCAAUUAAAGGAAAAUUGCAUGCUUUUAAUCAGGAUAUCAGCCAUCAAGUUGCUGCUUAUAUGAGAGAUCCCAGUAGAAUGAUCAAGCAGAUGCAACUGAGAAGAUCAGUUAUUAAAAUAUUUGGAUCAGUUGCCGAGGUCAAUGAUAACUCUAAUGAAUCAGAAACACAUGCUGACGGUGAUCCUGAACUUCUGGACGAUUCUGAAUUUUAUCAGCAAUUAUUGAAAGAAUUUUUUGAGACAAUUGAUCCUUCAUCAUCAGAGAAAGCAUUCUAUGCUUUGAAAAGAAUGCAAACCAAAAAAAGAAAAAUUGUUGAUCGCCGUGCCUCAAAAAGUCGUAAGAUAAGGUAUAAUGUUCAUGAAAAGAUAGUAAACUUUAUGGCUCCUCGACCAGCAAAUCUUCCUCCCAUGGCGCCAAUGCUAUUUGAUGAUCUGUUUGGAUUGAAGACUCAAAGAUCAUCUGCUGCAGCCUCAUAAUCACGGUUGGCUGUGAAACAUAAAGUUUUGGCUUAUUACUCACUAUAUGUUGUACUAAUUAGCCUCCAAAAUGAAGUUGAUUAUCGAGGAAUUAAACUUUUCUCUUAGGAGCCAAUUUUGCUGUAAAUCUAUUUGGAAAUAGACAUGUGAAAUAUACAAUUUCUCACCUUAAGAUUAGACAAAAUGUUUGUUUACCAAUGCACUAAGAACAACCUGGAGGAUCUUUCUUAAUGUUGUUCCAUGCAGAGAUAUUUAUAUGCUUUAUAGUUUUUAGCAUUAGCCCUUUGAUUAGGAAGUAAAAUCAGAUUAAUGUUUGUUUCAAUUAGAGAUCAAAUUAUUUGAAUAACCACAUAAUUUGAUCUUUGUUAAAUUACAUUAAUUAUUUGUGUC